AUGGCAGGCACCUCGUCUCCAGGCGCUUCAUGUCAUGUCAUAGAUGGACCGUUCUUGAACAAUGGGGAGGCUGUUGGCGCGAACUUCGAGAACUAUGGAGACUCUGGCUCUGUGGUCGAAGCAGUGCUGUCUGGCUCUGUUCGAAAGGUAGUCGAGAAGAGGACUCUCGCGCACUGCAAAGUCGCCAAUCUGGACUUUGAGGCCCGCGUCCCCGUCCCCUUCAGCAUCUUCCCUCGCACCUACAAAGACGCCGAGGUCGCGACAACCACAGAGACCCACGAAGAGCUAGAGAUCAACCUGCCCGCCAGCCACGACAAGCCCGGACGGGAAGGUCAAUACUCUUCUGUCGACGCCUCCGCUCAGCUUCCUCCGCUUCCCCCGCGUCGAGAGCACCGCUACAGCGAAGAAGAGGUCCGUUUCACACGUGAAGAAGAACGUCACCACCGUCCAGGUGUCCACCGCGAGGAGUACUCGUACGAAGAGCACAGACCCUCUGCUGUCUACCAAGAGUCUCACCAGUCUCACCACCACCACCAUCAACACCAGCACCAGCGGCCACAGAGCAGCUACUCGGAGACUUCCAUCGAGGUCGACACCAAGCACAAGCCCCAUUACAGCCCAAUUGACCGUAUCGAGCACGAGUACCGCGCUCGAGUCCAGCCUUCCUACAAGGAGGACAUCCGCAUCACCGGAACUACCGUAGACGCUCCCGCCCCCCAGCGUCCCUACUACCGGGACCAAGUCCGCGUCACCGAGGAAACCGUUGACGCCGCACCUCGCUUUGCUCCUUCAUCUUCCUACCACAAGGACGUGAAGAUCACCGAGGAGACGGUUGAAGCUCCCCGCCACAGCUCGGCUUACCAAAAGUCUAGAAUGGGAUAUUACGACGAAGACGGACACUACCAUUCAUUCCGCCACGGCCUACACAAGAUGGCCGACCGAGUCUUCCACCAUGACGGCGAGAGCCACCACUCGCACCAAUCCGCCCCCCGCCCGGCCUCUUCGGCCGCCAUCCCCAACACCGUCACCAUCCCCUGCCACCACAUCCGCAUGGGCGACAUCCUGAUGCUGCAGGGCCGCCCCUGCCAGGUGAUCCGCAUCUCGACCUCGGGCGCCACGGGCCAGCACCGCUACCUCGGCGUGGACCUGUUCACCAAGCAGCUGCACGAGGAGUCCUCCUUCGUCUCCAACCCGGCCCCCAGCGUCGUCGUCCAGACCAUGCUCGGCCCCGUGUUCAAGCAGUACCGCGUCCUCGACAUGCAGGAGGGCACCGUCGUCGCCAUGACCGAGACCGGCGACGUCAAGACCGCCAUCCCCGUUAUCGACCAGUCGGGGUUGUACUCCCGCCUGUCGUCUGCUUUCCAGCAGGGCCACGGCAGCGUCCGCGUUCUCGUCCUCCAUGACGGCAGCCAGGAGCUCGUUGUCGACAUGAAGGUGGUCCACGGCUCUCGCCUGUAG